AUGGCUCCCGUCGCCGAAAAGACCCAGGCAGCGCCUGCAACGCAUAAACAGCCCUCUCGUAAGGGCAAGAAGGCAUGGCGCAAGAACGUCGACAUUACAGAGCUGCAAGAAGGCGUUGAAGAUGUCCGCGAGCAGAUCAUCCAAGNNGGUGCGAAUCACCAAAAUAUCUUCUAUGGAUCCACGAAACGCAAGUCCGAUGGUAUCGCAACUGGAAGCAGCAAGCGCAACAAGAAUGGCACCUACGUCUCACACAAGGACCUUCAACACCUGCGCAGCGUCGCAAACUCUGGCGGUGCCCAAUCCGAUAUUAUCAAAGCCACCGAGAGCGCAGACCAUGACCCGUGGGGCAUGGAACCCCUGCCACAGGACCCUAGAUUCUCUUUCAUCCCUGAAAAGAAGGCCAAGGUUGCUCCCAAGACAUUGAAGUACGCUCCUAUCUCGCUGGCCGCCAAUGGCAAGCCUUUCGCCGCCGUGCCCAAGCCUUCUGCUGGAAAGAGUUACAACCCGACGUUCGAGGACUGGGAAGCACACGUUACAAAGGUUGGCGAGCGUGAGGUUGCCGCAGAACGCAAGCGCUUGCAAGAGGCACAAGAAGAACACGACCGUCUGGAGAAAGCUCUUGCAGAGGCCGCAAGACCCGAGCCAUUGACUGACGACGAGUACCAAUCAGCAUACGAGAGUGAGUGGGAGGGUAUUCAGAGCGAGGCCGAGGAUUCUGGAUCUGUCACCAAGAAGCGCCCGGAGAGAAAGACACCAUCUCAGAGAAACAAGAUCAAGAGAAGAAAGGAGCUGGAACACCAGGCCAAAUGGGACAAGCAAAUGAAGAAGAAGGAAGAGCAACUAGAACGUGUCAAGGAAAUUGCUCUCCAACUCGCCGAAAAGGAGCGUCUCCUCGCGGAGCAAAAGGCACUGCAGCCUGCUAGCACUGGUGUUGAGGUCGAAGCCGAGAUCAACGAUGAGGACGAAAGCGAGUNNGUCCCUGAAGCCCCUCUUGAAGUUGUCCUCGCAGAUGAGCUCCAGGAUACGCUUCGUGCGUUGCGACCUGAGGGCAAUCUUCUCAAAGAUCGCUACAGAAAUCUGUUGCUCAACGGCAAGAUGGAGUCUCGUCGCACCAUGCAACACAAGAAGCCUAAGAGGGAGGUUACCGAGAAGUGGAGUUACAAGGACUGGAAGCUGCGCUAG